AUGGAGCUGGGAAAGGCGAAACUACUGAGAACUGGCCUCAACACUUUAUAUCAGGCCAUCCACCCUGUGCAUGGAAUUGCCUGGACAGAUGGGAAGCAAGUGAUACUGACUGCUUUAUACUAUCAUAAUGGAGAGCUAAAGUUUGGAGACUCAAGUGUUGUUGGUCAAUUUGAACAUGUUCAUGGGCUUUACUGGGGCCCAUGUUGCUCUACAGACACCCCAGCUCUGCUGGCUGUUCAGCAUAAAAAGCAUGUUAGCAUUUGGCAGCUGUGCUGCAGCGCUGCAGAGAAGAACAAACCCUUGAUUUCUCAGACUUGUGAAGUUGGUGAGCCAUUUCCACUGCUUUCCCAGGGCUGUGUCUGGCAUCCAAAGAAGGAGGUCUUGGCUGUGCUUACAAAAAGAGAUGCUUCAGUCUUGCAUGCUGUUCGUACUGACAAUACUAGAGUUAAGGCAGAUAUCAAAAGCAGCGGGCUUAUCCGCUGCGCUUGCUGGACUAAGGAUGGUAAUCGCUUAGUAGUUGCUAUAGGCAGUGCCCUGCAUUCCUACAUAUGGGAUGAUGCUCAGAAAACUCUAAAUACCUGCUCCUUUUGCCCAGUCUUUGAUGUGGGAGGUUAUAUCUGUGCUAUAGAUGCCACACUGGAUUUCCAAAUUGCUGUAGCUACCGAGCUUCCUUUAGAUAAUAUCUGUGGUUUGAAUGCAGGCACUGCAUUUGAUACACCAUCUGGUACAGAAACUGGUUCUUUAAUCUCACAGUCUGCUCUGGUGCUUGGUGAUGAGGAAUACUCCAUGGACCUGCGAAGAAAGUCCACAGAUUCAGAUAGAUCAGGUGUUGAUUCAGUUGCUUCUUCUUCAUCAGGUCCUGUCGAUUUAACCCAUAUCCUUGCAAACCACCGUCGGUCUGAUCCCGAUCCUCUUAUUACUCUGAAACGCAAACACUCUGCAGCAACAAAUGGUCAAGAUUCUUCUCACUUGAUCUUGGUGACUUUUGAGAGGAAGGUAACCACCACCAGAAAAGUCACCAUCCCAGGUAUUCUGGUUCCUGAUAUAAUGGCUUUUGACCUUAGAGCUCAGAUUGUGGCAGUAGCCUCUAAUACUUCUAACAUUGUUUUGGUGUAUUCAGUAACCUCUUCCUGCAUGCCUCAUAUUCAACAAAUCCAGCUGGAAAAAAAUGAAAGACCAAAGGGCCUAUGCUUUUUGACAGAUAAACUCCUGUUGAUUCUGAUUGGCAAGCAAAAGUUCCCUGAGCCUAAUGCCAUUCCAUCUUCAAGUUCAGACAGGUAUGUAAUGCGUCUGAUGAUCAAAGAAUUGAUGCUGGAAGAAGAUUCUUCAGCAUUGCCUGAGACUAAGCAGAAUAUGUUUUAUAACUUUGAAUCCUCCAUUAAUAUACCUGGAAAAAGAAAGUUCUUUGAAAAUCUUGCUACAGAAGACCAAACUCAAAGCAGGGAGCUGUUAAUACCAAGAACCACAGUUAUUCAAUCUCCUAGUGGCAGGAGAAGACUCAUUGAAGAAGUAAAGAGCCCUAGUUAUGAGCAGAGCUCUUCAUCAAGUGUGAGUGACCUGGAUGAAAAAAGGCUCCCAGGUGACCCCUCAGUGGCCUUGGAAACAUUGGAUGCUGAACCUACCAAUCGUUCAGUGUCUCUUCUUGGUUUUGGAACACCUACCAGGCUUCCCAGCAGACCAACUUCCCCUAAAGUGCAGUUCAAUGUGACCCAAGAAACAUCAGGUUCUCCUAAAAACAAUUUGUCAAGUGAAAGAGGAAUGAGUCACAUAUCUAGAAAUUUAGAGAGACUUUGUGGCAGCUUCAAUGAGUUACAACUGAGUCUUUCUGAAAUAACGGACCUUGCUAAAAAUGGGAGGAGGAUAUCUUUAGCCUAUCCAUGUUCACAGGAACCACCUGUUGUUCAUAUCACUUACCAGAAAAGUUUUUCAAAUGGAGCAGUUACUGAAGAAACAAAAGAUGUUCUCCUCUGCGAUGGCAAGAUCCAUUUGAAUUUAGUUCAGCAGCUGUUCAAUCUGCCUGUUAUUGAAAUGAAACACG